CAGAAUCCAGGCUCACAAACAGGCCCAGAGGAAUGGCAGGGGAUCGUAUGACAGUGAGCAUCAGGAACGAUAUAAAUAGAGGCUUACAGCCAAGUGUCAGGCAGAUCAAAAUAACCCUCGACACAGACACAAGCUAACUCACAGCUAUUGAAGCAGAUUCAGAACCUGUUUGAGAAGGAGAAAAUAAACCGCCGUUGAAACAAGAAAAAAAGGAGUUUGGUACAGCAUUUUAUUAUUUAGGUGAGCAGCAAAUCUUGGUCAACAAGCCUUAAAAUGGAUUUCAAAACCAGUAAUAUUAUCAGACCUUCAAGUCCCAUGGAGAACUUAGAGAAGCAGCUGAGCUGCCCCAUUUGCUUGGAAAUGUUCAGCAAGCCAGUGGUUAUCUUACCUUGCCAGCACAACUUAUGCAGGAGCUGUGCCAACGACCUCUACGAAGCUCACAACCCUUAUCACUACUCCGGUGGGAUAUUUCGCUGCCCCACCUGCCGAUUUGAGGUGGUCCUGGACCGCCAUGGGGUUCACGGGCUGCAGAGGAACCUGCUGGUGGAGAACAUCAUUGACAUCUACAAGCAGCAGCAGGUGAGCAACACCAGCCCACUCCUGAAGAGCAAGUCGAGUGAUGAGCCCACGUGCGAAGAGCAUGAGGAUGAGAAGAUCAACAUCUACUGCAUUACCUGUCAGGUCCCCACUUGUUCCAUGUGCAAAGUGUUUGGGGUACACAAGGACUGUGAGGUGUCCCCUCUGCAGAACAUCUAUCAGACUAAGAAGACAGAGCUCAGCAAUUGCAUUGACAUGCUGGUCACCGGAAACAGCUAUGUCCAGGCAGUUAUGAAUCAGCUUGAAGAUGUAUGCAAGACCAUCACAGAGAACAGCCAGUCGCAGAAGCAGUCCCUGGGGGAGAAAUUUGACAUGCUCUAUGCCAUCCUAGAAGAGAAAAAAGCAGAGCUGCUGAAUAAGAUCAGCCAAGAGCAGGAGGAGAAGACAGGCUUUGUGCGCAGCCUGGUCCAGCAGUACAAGGACCAGCUGCAGGACAGUACCCAGCUGGUGGAGACAGCUAUCCAAACCAUGGACCAGCCCGGCGUGGCCGAAUUCCUGAUGAACAGCAAAGAUCUCAUUACAAAGACAAGAGAUGCUGCAAAACUCUCCGUGGUUCAAAAGACCGAGCCAGGUUUUGAGAAUAUGGAUCACUUCACCCUCAUCACAGAGCAUGUCGAGGCCAUUCUCACCAAUAUGGAUUUCGGAACAGAGGAUGCUGAGGAGUUUGAAGAGGCAGAAGAGGAGGUGGUGGAGGAGGAGGAGGAGGAGGAAUAAUAAUAAUAAUGCAUGGACAGUUAGCAGUAGGGGAAUGCCUACAGUGCGGUUAAGAAGCGUGGCGUGACUCUGAGGAUGACCGAAACACAGCGAGAAGGAAAAGGUGUUGGGGUCAACAAAACAACUCAGGUUUUUUUUCUGUCUGCAAAGAAUAAUGUAAAACAUUUAAAAUAAAAGGGGGUGGGGGAUACAAGCACCACCUGAGGUUGCUGCUGUGAAAAUCUAUGUAAAAUCACGAUAUGCUCACUCUGAAGGAUUUAAAACUUUUUUAUGCUGCUACAAAAUGAACAAUUUUUUUUAUAUUUUUGUAUUUGAUUCAAUGGGACUUUUUUUUUAAAUCUAAAUGUUGUUUGUUAUACUGUAAGUUUGUAUUCUAACACGGUACACUUGUAUUAGUUUACAUAUUUCCAGUUUUAUUUUCAUUGCAUCAAGAUAGUUUAAAUUAGAGUUUCAAUAGUAGGAUGUUUGUUUUAGCUCUUCAGUUAGUUUAAAUUAUUUGAACACUUGAAGUACUUGAAUAAUUUUGGUUGUUGAAUAUUAACAUGUACUAUGAAAUAAAAUGUGUUUAAAAAUUA